UUGUGAUUGGUCAUAACCUUUUCCGGUGAGGCAUCCAUCCAUCCGAGGACUGUGAGAAAGCCAGUGUAAACGGAGUAAAACACGUACACAAACUCAUCUAAGCGACUCAGCAGGUCACCAUGGCGUCCAGCAGUACGAGCAGUGAAGAAGAGAGGAGCUUGCGGGAAUGUGAGCGCUACGUGCAGAAGCACAACGUCCAGCAGCUGCUGAAGGACUGCAUUGUGCAGCUGUGCACUAACAGGCCUGAAAGGCCCAUGGCUUUCCUCAGAGAGUACUUUGAGAGGCUUGAGAAGGAGGAAGCUAAACAAUUCGUCAGCCAGCAGAAGUCAAGCUCUCGCUCAGACUCCCGUGAAGAUGAGGUUUCUCCUCCCAUGAACCCUGUGGUUAAGGGCAGACGGCGCCGCGGUGCCAUCAGUGCAGAGGUCUACACUGAGGAAGAUGCAGCAUCUUAUGUCAGAAAGGUUAUUCCUAAAGACUAUAAAACUAUGGCUGCUCUUGCUAAAGCGAUUGAAAAGAAUGUGCUUUUUGCUCAUCUUGAUGACAAUGAAAGAAGUGACAUAUUUGACGCCAUGUUCUCAGUCACCUACAUUGCAGGAGAGACCGUCAUUCAACAAGGGGAUGAGGGUGACAAUUUUUAUGUUAUUGACCAAGGUGAAAUGGAUGUGUACGUCAACAAUGAGUGGGUGACCAGUAUUGGAGAGCCUGUAUAUGCUCAUGCUCAGGGAAGUACUCUGAGAAAGAGAAAAAUGUAUGAGGAAUUCCUUAGCAAAGUCUCCAUUUUGGAGUCUCUGGAUAAAUGGGAACGGUUGACAGUUGCUGAUGCCCUCGAGACAGUCCAGUUUGAAGAUGGCCAGAAGAUUGUUGUGCAGGGUCAACCAGGAGAUGAAUUUUUCAUUAUCCUUGAGGGUUCGGCAGCAGUCCUGCAGCGGCGGUCGGAGAAUGAGGAAUUUGUAGAGGUUGGAAGACUAGCACCAUCUGACUACUUCGGUGAGAUUGCUCUGCUCAUGAACCGGCCUCGUGCCGCCACUGUGGUAGCUCGUGGCCCGCUGAAGUGCGUAAAACUUGACCGUCCCCGGUUCGAACGCGUGCUCGGCCCCUGCUCAGAUAUCCUGAAGCGAAACAUACAGCAGUACAACAGCUUUGUAUCUCUGUCGGUCUGAGGCGCACUAGGCUCUUUCCUCCUCUAUUGCAGGGUCCACCAAUGCAAAUCCGCUUUAUUUUCUUACUUUUCUUUAUGCAUUUUCCAACACCCAGGUGCCCAUUCACUUCAGUGUUCUCUCUCUAUCUGUUUUUUCUAUUUGUGCCGUACCCUGUCACGUUCGUAUCCAUCGUAGAUUUACCAUAAGGCUGGUUGUUAUUUUUGCCUGAGAAACGAGCCAAUCUUUGUGCCACAGAUGCCUGUCAUGUGAACAGAUGUUGAACUAACGAGGUCUGUCGGGAUUGUCUCUUUCCUCCAAAAUUGCUUCGCGUUUCUGUAUAACAGUGUUUUGAAUGGAAGGAAAUCAGUGGCAGGGUUAGCAGUCAUGUAGUCUAUCUAUUCAGUAUAUGAUGAUGUAUCUUAAUUGACAUCGAGUUUCAGAUUCUGUUUUCCCUCGUUA